GCCCGGCGGCCGGGCUCCUGUCAGAGCCGGCUCCAGCCAUGGUGCUGCCCAGGGUUUUGUAAGUUGGCAGUGGAGGCUCGGGACGUGGCGCAGGUCCCGAUGGCGGCGGCGGCGGCCCUGGCGGCCUCCGACCCUGCACCCGCGGUGCCGCAGGCGGCGGGAAGCGGUGGCGCGGCGUCGCGCCGAGACUUCUACUGGCUGCGUUCCUUCCUGGCCGGAGGUAUUGCUGGGUGCUGUGCCAAAACCACAGUUGCUCCUUUGGAUCGAGUAAAGGUUUUAUUACAAGCUCACAACCACCAUUACAAACAUUUAGGGGUACUUUCUACACUGCGUGCCGUUCCCCAGAAAGAAGGAUACCUUGGACUGUAUAAAGGAAACGGUGCGAUGAUGAUUCGGAUCUUUCCCUAUGGUGCAAUCCAGUUCAUGGCCUUUGAGCAUUACAAAACGUUCAUUACUACAAAGCUGGGAGUUUCUGGUCAUGUGCACAGAUUAAUGGCUGGAUCCAUGGCAGGCAUGACCGCGGUCAUCUGUACUUACCCUCUUGAUGUCGUUAGGGUGCGUCUAGCCUUCCAGGUGAAAGGAGAGCACACCUAUUCAGGGAUCAUUCAUGCAUUCAAGACAAUUUAUGCCAAGGAAGGUGGUUUCCUUGGAUUCUACAGAGGUCUGAUGCCUACUAUAUUAGGAAUGGCUCCAUAUGCAGGUGUUUCCUUUUUCACCUUUGGGACCUUGAAGAGCGUUGGGCUUUCCUAUGCUCCCACCCUGCUUGGCCGACCUUCGUCUGACAACCCUAAUGUUUUAGUUCUGAAAACUCACAUCAACUUACUCUGUGGUGGUGUUGCCGGAGCAAUUGCACAGACGAUAUCCUACCCAUUUGAUGUUACCCGUCGGAGAAUGCAGUUAGGGACAGUCCUACCGGAGUUUGAAAAGUGCCUUACCAUGCGGGAGACCAUGAAGUAUGUGUACGGACACCAUGGGAUUAGGAAAGGACUGUAUCGCGGCUUAUCUCUGAACUACAUCCGCUGCAUCCCCUCUCAAGCUGUGGCUUUCACGACGUAUGAAAUUAUGAAGCAAUUUUUCCACCUUAACUAAAAGAAAAAAUUAUGGUUUUCCUCCAUAAAUCCUUAGAGGAAAAAAAAAUAUAUAAAUGUUACCUUAAUUGUGAGGGAAAUAUUACUUGAAGGGGAUGUUUGCCUUGUCACAGGAACCACUGGGAUUUUAAUACUUGAUUUCUGUAUGUUUUUAAAUCAGGAUCAGAAGUAUUUAGCAGAAUUUUUUGUUUUCCUUUUGAUGGGCUCUAGACAUGUAACUCUUGGCUGGCUUGGGACUUACUGUGGAGACCAGACUGGCCUCAAUCUCACGGCAAUCCUCUUGCCUCUGCCUCCCAAGUAUGAGAUCCCAGGCGUGUGCCACCAUGCCUGCUCUAACGUACUUUUUAAUACCAGACAUUAUACCUUAGAACGCUGAAAAACCAUCUCGUGCUGACGGUGGUGACCUGUUGGUUAUUUUAAAGUUCUGUUUGGAAGAAGAGGUAGGUUCAUAUUGGAGUUCAAGAGAUUGUCAUUAGUCUUACCACACUAUCCCAAACUUUUAAUUGUGACUUUUAAUUGUAAUCAUGGUUAUUGAUGUGGGGAGGGACUGGAAUCGAACCCAGGGCCUUUUGCAUGCUAAGCAUAUGUUGUACCCACUAAGCCACAUUCCCCAACCUGUAAUUAUGAUUGUCUGGGGGAAUUGGGAUUGGGGCCAGGGGUCCUGGAACUAGCUCUUGUAGACCAGGCUGGCCUCGAACUCACAGAGAUCUGCCUGCCUCGGCCUCCCAGAGUGCUGGGAUUAAAGGUGUGCACCACCUCCUGGCUCCCCUUUUCUUUUUUAGUGAGGUGCUGGGGUCAAACUCAUGCAUGCUAAUCACACACGACCAAUGGUCUACAGCCCCAGCCCUCUAACACUGCUUGUUUUUAUCCCCCAUACCCACUGUCCUUCCUUUCCUUGUGCUGGGGAGUAACCUCAGGGUCUCUCGCCUGUCUUGCUAGGUGAGCGCUCUACCUCUGAACCACAUCUCCAGCAUUCUGACAUUGUGUAGUGUUAUUAAAACCAGCAGGCUUAGUUUUAUUGUAGUGGAAUAAGAAUUGAAUAUUUAAGUUCUAUGAAACAGCCAGCAACAAAGUAGUGUUCUUGUUAUGAUUCUUCUCAUAAUUCUGCUCCAGUUGAUAGAAGGACCCCUUUUCCUCCAUUGUUUUGAAACAUUUUUCUUUUUUUUUUUUUUUUUUUUUUUUGUUUUUCGAGACAGGGUUUCUCUGUGGUUUUGGAGCCUGUCCUGGAACUAGCUCUUGUAGACCAGACUGGUCUCGAACUCACAGAAAUCCGCCUGCCUCUGCUUCUCAAGUGCUGGGAUUAAAGGCAUGCGCCACCACCGCCCGGCCUGAAACAUUUUUCUUUAUUUGUAUUUUCCUGUCUUUGGGGAUGACUCUAGGACCUUGUACGUUCCAGGCAAGUGGUGGACCUCCCACUGAGCUACAUCCUCAGUUCUCUCCUCAUUUCUCAAUAAAGUUAGUGUUGUUCCAAAAAAGAGAGACUUAAUCAGGUUUUGUUCCAAUGCUAAUACCAGGUACUUUGAUUUCUGUGAUUUUGUAUCUCCCAAAGGCAGGAAUGAUGAUAAUUAAAUAUCUCUGCUCCUAAAAGGAGAGUAGCAUUGUAGAUGUUUGUCUUAAAUCACUUGGUAUGUACUAGAAACUUUAAGUGGACAAUGAAUAUAGCUGAAAUAAUGUUUCCAAGAUACUAUGUCAAGACACAAGUUCUUCCAUGUAAAGUAAGCUUAGUGUGUUAUACUCCUAAGUGUAAAUAUAAAACAUGCUUUGAUCGUAACAUUUUAAACAAAGUUGUUUAGAAUAUCAGUAUUCUGAUCAUUGUGUUUAGAGCACUUUUCCUCUUUUGUUGUAAGCAUGACCAUGGUGUAGAAGCGAUAGACUGCCUGUCUUUAGAGGUAGAGAUUUGUAGAAUUGCUGUGAUUUUUAGGACAUUAAUUCUAAGCUGCUAAUGUUAUUUCUGUAUUUUUUCAUGUAAAGAUUUCUUGUCAUAGCUUAGUAAAAAUUAGAUGAAUUAGUUUCAUUUUUAUAAUCUUUACUUUAAAAAUAAACAUGUACUUUGUGACUUUUAAGUGUACCGGGAGUGGGGAUACAUCUGUUUAUAAAGCUCUCUUAUAUAUUUUAAGUGUACCGGGAGUGGGGAUACAUCUGUUUAUAAAGCUGUUUUGUAUAUUUUCCUUUCCGGACCACACGUAGCUAGUUAUUCCAUUCAAUCUUAAGGUAAUUUAAACCUAUAAAAUAAAUAUCUCACUUGUAUUAUCAAUAAAAGAGAACUGAAAAUAUUUUUUAAAAUAAGAAAUUGUAUUCUAUAUCUGUUAUAGAAUCCGUAAGAUAUUAAAAGUAAUUUUUUAUCCCUA